AUGCGUACACAGUACGGAGUGGCUGCGUUAUUCGCGUUAUUUGCGGUUAUUGCCGCAGCUCCAGGUGACUCUGGUGAUCGAGGAAGACAUGGAGGUCAGGGUGGUGUCGGAAGAGUAAUCAGAUCCCCGGCUAUUUUUGGACUGAGACUCGGUGUCGAGGGCGGUGUUAACGGAACUCUUGAAGGUGAGGUUAACGGAGUUAAAGCGAAAGGCAGCGGUGGUCUAGAUGGAGAAGUUCACCACGGGAUCAAGGUUGGAAAACGAUCAGUGAAUUCACCAAGGAGCCCAGGUUUCCAGUAUGGACGAGUUUCCUCAGGUGAUCCUGGCGAUCGAAGAAGACAUGGAGGUCAGGGUGGUGUCGGAAGAGUAAUCAGAUCCCCGGCUAUUUUUGGACUGAGACUCGGUGUCGAGGGCGGUGUUAACGGAACUCUUGAAGGUGAGGUUAACGGAGUUAAAGCGAAAGGCAGCGGUGGUCUAGAUGGAGAAGUUCACCACGGGAUCAAGGUUGGAAAACGAUCAGUGAAUUCACCAAGGAGCCCAGGUUUCCAGUAUGGACGAGUUUCCUCAGGUGAUCCUGGCGAUCGAAGAAGACAUGGAGGUCAGGGUGGUGUCGGAAGAGUAAUCAGAUCCCCGGCUAUUUUUGGACUGAGACUCGGUGUCGAGGGCGGUGUUAACGGAACUCUUGAAGGUGAGGUUAACGGAGUUAAAGCGAAAGGCAGCGGUGGUCUAGAUGGAGAAGUUCACCACGGGAUCAAGAUUGGAAAACGAUCAGUGAAUUCACCAAGGAGCCCAAGUUUCCAGUAUGGACGAGUUUCCUCAGGUGAUCCUGGCGAUCGAAGAAGACAUGGAGGUCAGGGUGGUGUCGGAAGAGUAAUCAGAUCCCCGGCUAUUUUUGGACUGAGACUCGGUGUCGAGGGCGGUGUUAACGGAACUCUUGAAGGUGAGGUUAACGGAGUUAAAGCGAAAGGCAGCGGUGGUCUAGAUGGAGAAGUUCACCACGGGAUCAAGGUUGGAAAACGAUCAGUGAAUUCACCAAGGAGCCCAGAUUUCCGAGUUGGACGAGUUUAG